ACACGGACACGGACACGGACACGCACACGGACACGGACACGCACACGGACACGCACACGCAGCGCGGCCCCGCAGCGCGGCUCUGCGGCCAAACCCCGCCAACAAAGACCCCUCCGCCCCGCUCGCCGCCGCCCCCCCGGGAUGUAGCCGGGCCGGGAGCCCCAGCGAGGCAGCGGCCCCGCCGCUCCGUGCCCCGCAGCGAGGCCGGGAGGCGGCGGGCUCACCGGCGCUGCCGCCACCAUGGGCAAAUCCAACAGCAAGUUGAAGCCUGAAGUUGUGGAAGAGCUGACCAGGAAAACGUACUUCACAGAGAAGGAGGUGCAGCAGUGGUACAAGGGCUUUAUCAAGGACUGUCCCAGCGGGCAGCUCGAUGCCGCCGGCUUCCAGAAGAUCUACAAGCAGUUCUUCCCCUUCGGAGACCCAACCAAAUUCGCCACCUUUGUUUUCAAUGUCUUCGAUGAGAACAAAGAUGGGAGGAUCGAGUUCUCAGAGUUCAUCCAGGCGCUGUCGGUCACCUCCCGGGGCACGCUGGACGAGAAGCUGAGGUGGGCGUUCAAGCUGUACGACCUGGACAACGACGGAUACAUCACGAGGAACGAGAUGCUGGACAUUGUGGAUGCCAUUUAUCAGAUGGUGGGGAACACAGUGGAGCUUCCUGAGGAGGAGAACACACCAGAGAAGAGGGUGGAUCGGAUUUUUGCCAUGAUGGACAAGAAUGCAGACGGGAAGCUGACGCUGCAGGAGUUUCAGGAGGGCUCCAAGGCCGACCCCUCCAUCGUGCAGGCGCUCUCCCUCUACGAUGGGCUGGUAUAGUCCCGGGGCCGAGCGGAGAUGCCUGGGGGAAGAUGCUCUCCGUGCCAUCCGACCACCGCCGUGCGAAGCUUGCCUGUCCCUCCCGGCCUCCCUUUGUGUCCUGCGAGCAAGGAGUGCCCUCAAAGCGCGAGCUCAGCCCUCUCCGCGCUCCGAACCAGCCGCUGCCAUCGCCCAGCUCCGCUUCUCCCGAGCGCUCCCCGCGCCAGGGCCGGCUCUGGGCGGCAGCGCGGGGCUCGGGGAGCGCUGGGGCAGAGCCCCUCGAGCCCCUCUGCUCCCUUUGCCCACAGCUCCGGGUGGCACCGCGGAUGCGCCGGCGGGGAGGAGCCCCAAGGUACCGGGGGCGGCCGGGGAGGCACCGACGGCCGCUGGGGACAGAGUCCUGGCGUCACCCGCGACGCCGCUGGCAGCCCGGCUCGGCUCACUAGGGAUAUAUAUUAUAUUAUUAUUUUAUUUUUUUUCUGGUGAGACAGUAUUGUGCUUUUUUUUUGGUUUGGUUUUGUUUUGUUGGAUUUUUUGUUUUUUUUUUUUUUUCCCCCCCUUCCGGUGGAAAAAAAGUGAGGCUUUUUUUUAUAUGCCUAUCUCGACGAUCGAUAUCCUUAUUUAUUUGUUGUAAAUGUUGCUGCUGUGUUUUGUCUCUCGUGUGUGUGUGUGUGUGUCCACCCACUCAGGUGAGGAUUUGUAAGGUUUACGUGCUCGUACACUAUUGCGGGGACCCGGGAGCCUGCAAUAACAAUGAAGCCAAAAAUCUGCCUUCCCCCUCUCCUCCCACCCCUCACAUCCCGAGCUCCGUGGGCUGGCUGCUGUUUGGAGGGGAUGCUGUAGCUUCUUUUCCUCUCCCUGUUCCCCCGUUCCCUGCAUUUUCCUGUUCACCCUCUGGGGGCUCAGUGAGGGCUCACUCAGCCCAAACUCUGAGCAGACCAAGCUCCAUCCCUCAGCUGGGCAGGGUGAGGAAACUGCUGGGCGCCAGAACAUCCUUGUUUCCUUCAUUCCCUUCAUUUUCUCACUGCAUGAAAAAGUAUUAAUGGAGCCCAGAGCUGGGUUUUGCUUUCAGGCAGAUUCCUUUGCUGUGCUCUGCUUUGCAAUGGUGGGAAGGUGUUUGGUGGUGGCUGUGACCCACCCUGUGUGCUGGAGGGGCAGCUUUGCUCUGUCUGGCUGGGACAGGGUGACAGGGGAGUGCCAGGCUGGGCUGAGCACAGCUCAGGGUGUCUCCUUUCCCCACCACUCCCAUGGGACGUGGGAGGAUUUGCUGUGACCCCAAAUGGAGCUGCUUGUGUCCACCUUGGAGGAGGCAAAGGGCUGGGAAUUUACACCUGGGGACACUGAGCUGCAGCCUCAGGCCUGCAGGGCCCCUCCAAACUCCAUCAGCACCCAGCUCCCCUCUGGGAUGUGCCCCCAGCUCAGCCCACACCGUGGGGCACAGUUGGCAUCUCUGCUGGAGUAAAGGAGAGUUGUGAAGAAAAGGAGAUUUGUGAAAAGGAGAGCUGUGCAUCCCCUCAGGAGCAGAGUGCAAGAAGCCUCUGGGGCCCCUGAAGCCACCCUGGGGCCUCACCCUCCCAUCUCUGGCCCAGCUGAUGGCAGCAGCAUCUUCCCACCCAGCUGUGUCCCAGCUGCUGCAGCUGAGCCCAGACACAGGACUGUCCCCUGCAGGGGGAGGUGACAUCUGCCCGUGGGGGACAGUGUGACAGUGUCUCAGCAUGCAGGAGACAAGGUGGUGCCCCAGCAUUUCCUGAGUCCUCCUGGCAUGGCAGGGACAGAUGUCCCAGCCAAGGGGUGCUGGUUCUUCACCGAGCAGCCCCACUCCCCAGCUUUGGGAUUUUGUGCUUGUGGAACUUCUUGAUGCCCAUAAAAACCACCUUUCCCAUCCCCAAGGAGACUGACCUCACAUCCACGUGCAAUAUUUCUGCCUCUGCUGCAGUUCCUGCCCUGAGGAUGCCCCUGUUUCACUGUGGGGGUGCUUCUGGAGGGGGUCCCUCACUCACUCCCAUGGAAACCUCCUUCUCCUUGUUGCUCUGUGGCCAAAAUGCAACUCUCUGGGGUAGGUUUUUGCAGUGCCUGCAACUUGUUGAAUGCUCAUCUGCCAGACUGGUCCCCUCCUGGUGCCAAUCAAUGUUCCCAAUGAAUGUGACACUGCUGUAAUCACCUGUGCUGAUGAAUGAUGGCCCCUGCCACGUUUGACAGAGUUCCCAGGCAAAGGCAAACCUCAUUCACUCUGACACUGUUCCCCUGGAAAGCUUUCCAUUUUUGGAGGACUGUCAUGGGUUGAGCUCCAUCAGUGCCCACAGAUGUGUCCCCAGGGAUCAGCCCUGCCAGGGCUCCUGGCACACUGCAUUUUGCCCCAGUGUUCCCCCUUGGCUGUGGAUUUGGAACCCUGGCUUGGAUGCUCCUUGUCCCACUUUUGGGGAGCACUGAGGGCCCCCAGUUCCUCCUGACCACCAACCACCAGGAUCUGCAGUGUCUUGGUAUCACUGAGAAUAAGGCUUGGAGCAUCUUGUGCUUGGAAAUGUCAGCCUUAACCUCCUCGUGCCUCAGUUUCCCCUCAGUGGAGUGGCUGGGGUGAGCCCUCCCCUCUGAAAGCAGUGUGGGGUCUGUGCUGGGUGUGGCUCAGGGCUGUGGGCACGGGGCUUGGCAGGACCCACCGGGCACUGCGGGACAGCAGGAACAGUGCAGGGAACGCUGGGUUUGUCAGGGGUCUGUAAUCCCAGCCUUGUCUCACACCUGCUCAUGAUGGAACAGGCAGCGAGCCCUGCUUUGUCUCUGUCUGUGCUCGGGUUCCUGGCCUGUCCCAAACAGAGCCCUGGCCAUGGGAAGGGGGCCCACAGCACAGCCAGGCAGAGGUGAGGCUCCAGCCCUGGUCACUGUGGCAUGUGCCCCCUCUCAUUUGUCCCUGUCAGUGUUGCCCCAUUAAAUGCCAUGUCUGUACUUUCCUUUCUUUUCACUUUUCUGUCUGUGUGCUGACUGUUGCUGCUUUGUGUCCGUCUUUCCUUGAGCUCUGGGGCUGGGCUGGGCUGAGCUGUUUCCCCCAGGAGCAAGAACGUGGGAGGGGGCUCUGGGGGAAGAUUCCCCCCCUGCCCUCUCCUCACAGCACAAACCAGGACCCAGGAGAGAGAGAAGGGAAGGGUUUUUCCCUUAAUUUAAUUAAUGCAAUUGAUAACGAGACCAGGCUGGCCCCAGGAGCGCUCUCCACUGGGUUGGUGCAGGGGGGUGUUUGCUCAUGGGGGACCCCAGCCCCUGUUUGUGCCAGGUGCCAGCUGCAUCUCACCCUCCGUCAGAGGAGCCUGUUGGUUCUUCCUGUGCCAUCAGGACACCCCAUUCCUGUGGGAUGGGAGGAUCCCAGCCCAGGUCACUGCUCCUCGCUGGGAUGCAGGGAUGCAGCUCCCAGAGGGUGGAAUUGUCCUGGGGUCUUGGGAUCUGGGUUUGAGCCCCUCUUGGAGCAGGGCCAGGCAUGGUGUGGGGGCAGUGGAAUCACUGGCAGAGCUGCCCCCUUGCCAUGUAUUUAGGGCUGGGGGUCAUUUGGGUGGGCUCAGUGUCCCCAUCCAGGGAGGAGAUUCAGUGAGAGCAUCUUUCACCUGUCCUCCCCAAGGGCAUUGGAGGGGAGGGUCUGGCUGGGACAGAAAUAAGGGCUGAGGGCAAAGCAGGGAGCUGAUGGCUCCAGCCUCAGUGCACAGUUCUGGGGUCUCAGUUCCACGUUUCAGCCCUGCCCAUUCCAGCGGCGCUGCAGCAAAACCAUCCUUCCCUUCUCUCUCUGCUCCCCUGGCCACCAGCCCUGGGCUGGGUGCCCUGUGCCAAGGGGUGAGCCCUGCCCUGGGGGUGGCUGAGCCCUGGGCUGGGAAGCAGCAGCUCCAGCAAAGAGCCUUGUUUGUGGAGAUGAAGCCUGUGUGUGUCUCGGCUUGCAUGCCCCGCUGCCUUGUCUUGAGAUGAAUUCAAGAGCAAACCAAGCAAAUGAAACAGUUUAAUAACAGAACAAAACAAAACCCAGGAACUUUGUGACAGUGGAAAUAAAAGCUUAAUGACAGUAA